AGCCCAUCUUCCUGGGCAUCCUCACUUCCAACCAAUAGGGAGCCUCUCUUGGCCUCACUUGGUGGGCUGCCCUCUUUGCCCCCUCCGUGGGCUCCCCUGCCCCACAGCCUCCUCCUCUUUCCCCCCCAAACGCCACCCUUCCUCUCCCUCCCCUCCUUUCCCUCUUCCCUCCCUUCCACACACCAGAGGCGCACUCUGCCAGGGAAGCUGAGUCCCCCUUUCCUUCCUUCUCUCCUUCGCUGCUUCCCUUCGGGUCCGCUUCCCCGAGAGGCUUGGUCUCCCCUCUUUUGGACCCCUCCCUGGACUAGUCUCCAUCCCUCGCUGCCGACCAGAAAGAGGACCGCUUCGGGUGCCAUGGAGCGAGCUUGAGCAAAAGGCUGAGCUUCCCAAUCUGGGUUUAUUUAUUUCUUUUCUCACCCCCUGGAAGAAGAUCCCAUUGGUCUCAACCACCCGAGAAGAAUGCUGCUAUCACGCUGGGGAUGGUGGCUGUCCACUUGCUCUCUUGCCAAGGUCUUGGUCGCUUCGGUCCUCCUCACAGAGAAUGCCUCCUGGGCUGAAGCUUACAAUCCUGAGCUGGAGGCCAACAGCAGCAACCCAUGUGAAGGGGUCACCAAAUGCUUACCAGGAGUUAUCCUCCCCGUUUGGCAGCCAGACAACCCUUCCUUUGGAGAUAAGGCUGCCAGGGCGAUUGUCUACUUUGUUGCCAUGAUGUACAUGUUCCUGGGGGUCUCCAUCAUUGCGGAUCGUUUCAUGGCCUCCAUUGAGGUGAUCACCUCCAAGGAGAAGGAGAUCACCAUCACCAAAUCCAACGGUGAGACAAGCAUUGGCACGGUGCGGAUCUGGAACGAGACGGUCUCCAACCUCACUCUCAUGGCCUUGGGCUCAUCCGCACCUGAGAUCCUUCUCUCCGUCAUAGAAGUUUGUGGCCAUAACUUCCAAGCUGGUGAACUGGGUCCUGGAACCAUUGUGGGCAGUGCCGCCUUCAACAUGUUUGUGGUCAUUGCCGUGUGUGUCUACGUCAUCCCGAAUGGGGAAGUCCGCAAGAUCAAGCACCUGAGAGUCUUCUUCGUCACUGCUUCCUGGAGCAUCUUUGCCUACAUUUGGUUGUACCUGAUCUUGGCCGUCUUCUCUCCUGGGAUCGUGCAAGUCUGGGAGGCCUUACUUACCCUUGUCUUCUUCCCCGUCUGCGUUGUCUUUGCCUGGAUGGCUGACAAGCGCCUGCUCUUCUACAAGUACGUCUACAAGAGGUAUAGGGCCGACCCACGCAGCGGCAUCAUAAUUGGGACAGAAGGUGAGUUUCCCAAGGGGAUAGAGAUGGAUGGGGGCUUUGUGGCCAACGACCACCGGGAGAGCGUCUUCAUUGAUGGGAGCGCAGCCUCCGUUGCCCCACUCCCGAUCACCACCCAAGAGGAGAAAGAGUUGGAUGAGAGCCGCAAAGAGGUCAUCCAGAUCCUCAAAGACCUGAAACAGAAGCACCCGGACAAAGAACUGGAACAGCUAGUGGAGAUGGCCAACUACUACGCCCUCUUGCACCAGCAGAAAAGCCGAGCUUUCUACCGCAUCCAGGCAACCCGCAUGAUGACCGGGGCCGGAAACAUCCUCAAGAAGCACGUUUCUGAAUACUCUAAGAAAUCCGCCAACCUGCUAGAAGUGCCCUCAGAGGCAGAAGUGGAAGAAAACUACAGCAAAAUCUUCUUCGAGCCCUGCAUGUACCACUGCUUGGAGAAUUGUGGCUCAGUUACUUUAACUGUGGCCUGUGAACAGGCUGAGGAUACCUAUAACACUUUCUAUGUGGACUACAAGACAGAGGAUGGUUCUGCCAAAGCGGGCUCAGAUUAUGAGUACAGCGAGGGGACGUUGAUCUUCAAACCUGGCGAGACCCAAAAGGAACUCAAGAUCGGCAUCAUAGAUGAUGAUAUCUUUGAAGAGGAUGAGCAUUUCUUUGUCCGGCUGCUCAACUUGCGGGUGGGCGAUGCUGAGGGUAUGUUUGAGUCGGACUCCGCCGACCACCCCAAGGGCCGGCUUGUGGCCCCCUUGGUGGCCACUGUAACCAUCUUGGACGAUGACCACGCCGGCAUCUUUACCUUCCAGGAUAAACUGUUGAGGGUCAGCGAGUGCCAGGGGACCAUGGAGGUCAAGGUGAUCCGGAGUUCAGGAGCUCGGGGGACUGUGAUGGUCCCUUACCAGACGGUGGAAGGGACUGCGCGAGGAGGAGGUGUGGACUAUGAAGACUCCUGCGGGGAGCUGGAAUUCAAGGACGACGAAACAGUGAAAUCCCUAUAUGUGAAAAUUGUAGAUGUUGAAGAAUACGAAAAGAAGGACAGCUUCUUCAUAGAGCUGGGUCAGCCACGCUGGUUGAAACGAGGCAUCUCAGCCCUUUUGCUCAAUCAAGUAGAUGCAGACAAAAAGCUCUCUGCUGAAGAGGAAGAGGCCCGGCGGAUUGCGGAGAUGGGAAAGCCCAUCCUUGGGGAAAACGCCCGCCUGGAAGUCAUCAUUGAAGAAUCCUAUGAUUUCAAGAACACAGUGGACAAGCUGAUAAAGAAGACGAACCUGGCGUUGGUGAUCGGCACACACUCCUGGAGGGAGCAAUUCCUCGAGGCCAUCACCGUCAGCGCAGGCGAUGAGGAGGAUGAGGAAGAUGGACGCGAGGAACGGCUGCCCUCCUGCUUUGACUACGUCAUGCACUUCCUGACCGUCUUCUGGAAGGUCCUGUUUGCCUGUGUGCCACCCACCGAAUACUGGAAUGGCUGGGCCUGCUUCAGUGUCAGCAUCCUGGUCAUUGGGCUUCUGACCGCCCUCAUUGGAGACCUGGCCUCCCACUUUGGCUGCACCGUCGGCCUCAAGGACACUGUCAACGCUGUUGUCUUUGUGGCCCUGGGCACAUCCAUUCCAGACACCUUUGCCAGCAAAGUGGCUGCCCUCCAGGACCAGUGCGCCGACGCAUCCAUCGGCAACGUGACGGGCAGCAAUGCGGUCAACGUCUUCCUCGGCAUCGGCGUGGCCUGGUCCGUGGCCGCCAUUUACUGGGCCUUCAAAGGCAAAAACUUUGAGGUGCAGACGGGCACUUUGGCCUUCUCCGUCACCCUCUUCACCAUCUUCGCCUUUGUUUGCAUCAGCGUCCUCAUGUACCGCCGCCGGCCGCACAUAGGAGGGGAGCUGGGGGGACCCCGAACCGCCAAAAUCCUCACCGUCUGCCUCUUCCUGGGCCUUUGGUUCCUCUACAUCCUCUUUGCCAGCCUUGAAGCGUACUGCCACAUCAAGGGCUUCUGAGGGAACCACCCAUCCAUGGUGUGGACCAGGACACAAGAGAAAAAAAAACUCUGGAUACGGGAAGGCCUCUUUGCCAAAGGAUCGCUCCUUCCCACCCCAGCUUCCCGAGCAUCCUUUCUUUCCAUUUGAAACUUCCAUACCUGUGAGACAAAAAUUGCCUUCUCUCUGUACCUAUAAGCUUCCUCUUGCUCUCCAGGUAAAGAGGAAGACUGCACAAUGGGCAGAAAGACUCCAUUCAGAAAGCCAUGGCCCUGAAUUUGCCUCGCAAGACCGUGACGGGGGAGUCUCAGCGGUCUCUCAUUCAUCAUGUCGCCCAAAAUGACAUCUGAUUUGAUGCAUCUAACAACAGCCCUUCUGCACCACAUUGUUAUUGGCAUUUCCUCCAUUGUUCCAAUGUUCUCCCUUCUGAUCUGACUGUCGUGAGGGCCUGCUCCUUCCCGGGACCUCUCUCUAGCACACCGGACCAAAUGUGCAAGCCAAGAAGGAUGGGCCGGGGUGAUGUUUUAACCCCUGGUUGUUGCCCAUCCUGACCAAAGGACCCUCUAAUAUGUCUGCUAAGUCAUCUUCAAUGGUUCUACCUUUUGACAACACCUAGAACCACGAAAGCAGAGGGACACUGAGGUUCUCUCCUUCAAAUGUUUACUUAUGAUCAGCCUCGUCCUUCUCUUAUUGAGCUCGGAGAGGCAUAUGCCGGGUGGGAGGUGGACUUCCCAUAGCAGUGACGUGAUGGAGUUUUGCCAUUUUCUUCUCUUCUCUUUCUCUAUCUCUCUCUCUUUUAAUAUUUGACAUUUUCAAUUGUCUUCUUGUGAUUAAAAAAAACUGAGUUGGGGUUACAUUCAAGUUGAAGGGACCAGCGACCGGCUCCAUCUUGCUCAAGGUCGAUACAACAAAAAGGAAAAGACUUUGAACUCAACCCAGCCCCAAUUCUGGCAUUUCUGAAGGUGGGUGGAUGGACAGAUGGAUGGACAAGGCAAAAUGUUUCCUGGGUUUUGUUUUGUUUGUUUUGGUGAGGUUGUGCACAUGAGCAGUGACUUUGGUUGGAACAACCGUUUUAACGCUUUUAACUCUUGCUUUGCUCUCUGUGACAAGAAAGGUGUUCAAUUAAUUGUCUGUACCCUUUAUUAAUGGAGGAAAACACCCUCCCUUUUUUAAUUUCCCCCAGCAUUUCGUGUGGUGGCCUUUCUGCUCCUUCCAUAGGAUGUCUUUGUCUCUCCCUUCCUACCCCUUGUAAGAACUAUAUCCUCUUUAGGAAGAAAACUUGGAGGUAUUUUACCUGUAAGUUGGUUACUCUUGGAAAAGUGGGUGUUUUUGGACUAACACUGGUCGUCCUCGUUGGGAGAAUUUGAGGUUUAGAGUCCAAAAAUGUAAUGUUUUUUCUCUGCUCUGUUGUAUGAGUAUCACACAUGGAAUGAAUAAGGAUUUGGGAAACUCCUAUUUCAUGGGAUUGGUGACAUCAGUACGGGAAGUUCCAUAUAAUCCAUCCAAUCCAAUCUGGGUUUUUUUUUCCUUGAUGUGCUCAGAAAGGAGAAAAGACCCUGAAGCCAAAUGUAGGAACCAAGCCUGCUAAUUUGCUGCAAGUGUUAAAAUGUGGUGGAUGUCCGCUUAUAAUGACAUAACAUGAGACUUGGACAAUAGUCGAGGAUAUUGACUCAAGACCACAUGGUUUAUCUGAUUUUUCUCCCUCAUUUUCUCUCCCCAGGCAGCUGAAUUUUUUUCUCUCUGGAGCCAACGUUUUGUCUAGACUUGUGUUAAAGUCAGCUACUGGGUGUUUUGAUUCCCUGUUCUGUCAGACCCUUUUUCUACAAGUAAACAAGCUUCUCUGCUUGCUUGUGAGAACGAAAAGAUUGGACAUCAGCCUUCACCCCGAAUCACUUGUAGAUACAGUUAAAGGAAGUACAGCCAACAGCAGUCAGGAGAUAUAAGAAGUGAAGCAACUAUAUAUCAUGAAGGGUCAGGAGAAGGCAAAGCACUCAGACCAAGUGACUUCAGUGUUUGGUGAUGGAGCAACAAUGGAAGCCAUCAUUUGUAGACGAAGGGUACCUUUUUUAUUUGAAAUUGUGGGCAUAUUCAGACAAAGAUUGUAGCCUGCAGGAGUUGUGCUGCUGCUCGAAGGUUGUCUAAUAUGCAAGGCCCUUCUUUAUACAUGAUUUCAGCAGUCCAAGUUGUUGUCUUUCUGUGGAUGGUGAACAAAAGGAGAGUAUGCUCAUGUAUUUAAUAAACAGAACAGCACUUUUCAGAA